AUGACUGUCACUUACUCCAGUAAAGUAGCAAAUGCAACUUUUUUUGGAUUUCAUAGGUUGCUCCUCAAGUGGAGAGGCAGCAUCUACAAGCUACUGUACAGGGAGUUUAUUGUUUUUGCUGUUCUUUACACAGCAAUCAGUCUGGUGUACAGAUUGUUACUUACAGGAGCCCAAAAACGUUACUUUGAAAAAUUAUCAAUUUACUGUGACAGAUAUGCUGAGCAAAUUCCAGUAACCUUUGUGCUUGGGUUCUAUGUCACUCUGGUAGUGAACCGAUGGUGGAACCAGUUUGUGAAUCUGCCUUGGCCAGACAGGCUCAUGUUCCUCAUCUCCAGCAGUGUCCACGGGAGCGACCAGCACGGGCGCCUGCUCAGAAGGACGCUGAUGCGCUAUGUCAACCUCACGUCCCUGCUCAUCUUCCGCUCCGUGAGCACGGCGGUGUACAAAAGGUUUCCGACCAUGGACCACGUGGUCGAAGCAGGUUUUAUGACGACAGAUGAAAGGAAAUUAUUUGACCACCUCAAAUCGCCGCAUCUGAAGUACUGGGUUCCGUUCGUUUGGUUUGGAAAUCUUGCCACAAAAGCCCGGAAUGAAGGUAGAAUCAGGGACAGCGUCGACCUACAAUCAUUGAUGACUGAGAUGAAUCGGUACCGCUCUUGGUGUAGCCUCCUGUUUGGCUAUGACUGGGUUGGCAUUCCACUGGUUUACACACAGGUUGUCACUCUCGCCGUCUACACAUUCUUCUUCGCAUGCCUGAUUGGAAGGCAGUUCCUGGAUCCCACCAAAGGCUACGCGGGGCAUGACUUAGAUCUGUACAUUCCAAUCUUCACUCUCCUCCAGUUCUUCUUCUACGCAGGAUGGCUCAAGGUUGCUGAGCAGCUGAUCAAUCCUUUUGGAGAAGACGAUGACGAUUUUGAAACAAACUGGUGCAUCGACAGAAACCUGCAGGUCUCUCUUUUAGCUGUGGAUGAAAUGCACAUGAGCUUACCCAAGAUGAAGAAGGACAUUUACUGGGACGAUUCUGCCGCUCGGCCACCGUACACCCUGGCGGCUGCUGACUACUGCAUACCCUCGUUUCUGGGCUCGACGAUCCAAAUGGGGCUGUCCGGGUCCGAGUUCCCCGCGGAGGACUGGCUGUGGAACUAUGAGAAGCAGGGCCACCGGCACUCGGUGAUGAGGAGGGUCAAGCGCUUCCUGAGUGCCCACGAGCACCCCGGCAGCCCCAGGAGGAGGACUUUCGGCCGGCAGGCCAGCGACAGCUCCAUGUUCUUCCCCCCGAGCCCAGCUCGGGAUCUGCUGGAUGUGCCCUCCAGAAAUCGCCAGCGAGCCUCACCCACCCGGAAGCAAUCCCAAUCCCGAGAGGGCAGCCCUAAGCUGCAUUCCAGCAUGGGAGAACUGUCCACCAUCAGGGAGACCAGCCGCACCAGCACUUUGCAGAGCCUGACCCCGCAGUCCAGUGUGAGGGCCUCCCCUACCAAAAUGCCCCAGGUCCCUGAGGUCCUGAUCACAGCGGCUGAAGCCCCCGGGUCCUCAUCAGACAGCUAUCACCAAGACUCUGCUACCUCCAUCUUGAGCCUCGAGUUCACGGGGGUACAGCCAAGCAGGACUAAACGGCAGGUAGACCCCUCAGGGAAGGCGACACCACCUGGGGACCCCAAUCCCCAGACUGUUUCAACCAGUACCGAAAGAGACUUGUUCAAGUUUGAGGAAGAUCUAGAUGAUGACAGAUUCCCACAAAGGUGGAGCCUUCCAGAGUUACGGGACUCCAGGCACACCUCCCUGGGAAACUUAGGUCCAGAUCCUGUGACCCCCAGGCCUGCCCUCUUACUUGACACAGAAACAUCCUCAGAGACCAGCGUAACCCAUCCUGGGGCUGGUUCUAGGGUCUCUCCUGACGUCCUGUUCUUAAUGGAAAGCUUGGACACUAAAGAAACAGACAUCCUGGAGUUUAACAGUGAGCACCCUGAAGAAUCCCCUAAGGGAACCUCACAGCGCCCCAGGACCUGGUUCUAGCUCACCAGCCUGGGGACACCCCUCCAGGAGCUGGCCAGUGUUUAGAAACAUGAUCCUACUGUACAAGCUACUUAGAACUCUGAAGGGCAUUAUGAUCCUGCAAACCUCGAACACAACCACAUCGUCCGUCUAGCGCAAAGGGGCUUUCACGGAAGUUGUAUGGCCCAAAAUGAAUUCUCAUAACCAAAUAAGGGGUCCCAUAUAAAUGUACAUGGCUUAUACACCCAUACAUGAUUAGCUUUGGAAAGGACCAUACAGAUCAUAGUCCAAUCCCCUAGAAGCAAAGGCCCAGACACAAAGGGUCCCGUUUCCUUCCUGUUUCCUCCCAUACCUCUCUUCCUUUAGCCAUAGAGACAAGGCUAGACCAUGCAUGCCCAGAGGCCCUUUCCACUUAUAGUUAUUUAACUGGAUCUUCCUGACCACCUCACUCCUGCUUCCGAUAAUUAUUAUUACCAUCUUUCCCUAACUCUUGAACUUCCUCAGCGUCAGAAAGCUCCCUUUCUCUUCAAUUGACUAUGUCUACCAUCUAGACAUCCUUUUCCUCUCUUCCUCUUUAUUCUCAUACAUCUUUCCUCCGCCCUUUCCCCGGGUCUAGCUCCUCCAGUGACUCUAAUGUGUCCCUCUCUCCAGGUUAUAAUAGCUUCUCUUUCCAUCUCUGUUGCUUACUUCCCAUCACGGUGUUCACACUACGAGACACUGGUAAAGAUGGUACAGGAAUCUAACACACCUAACCCCCCAUGCCUCCAGCCUUGCAGUAAGAGGUGUAUGUGUGCUGACGGUAUCCACCAUCUCAAACCUGCUGCUUCUGCUCCUUCAUGUUGGACUCCAGAGAAGACCGAAUCAAAGAGGGCAUGAAAUCCGCACAGCCAAGUGCUACAUCACCAAAGGAUGACAUGGUUUGGAUCUACUGAACUCACACACAGUCUUAAGCAAAAACACUCCAAUUGUGUCACAGCGUGGGACCAGUAGGAGAUUGGAGCGGUGUGGGCAUUACAGGGUCCAUGACCGCACGAUGACAACAGACUAUUGCCAACUUCCUUUCAAAAGCUCUUAGGUUAUGUUCUGCAAGCUCCCAGCUUUGAAAGGCUUUGCCUUUCCGAGUGCCAUCUUUUCUACCUGUCAUGUAACGAAGCUUGACGUGUGGCUUCAGAAGCAAGAAACUCUAACAGCGACCACUGGUUGGCUGACUCAGUGCCCUAUGCAGCCGGAUCUGAAGUCCCCAUAUGAGUUCACAAUCCUUGAAGGAGUCCUAUGAGACCGACAGACCAUCAGCUCCACUUUAAAGAUGA